AUGGACAAAGUGGAGGACAUGGCGUCGGUGAGGGACUUCGACCCGCUCACGGGCACGAUCCCCGCCACCAAAGUGGAGCUCACCGUCUCCUGCAGGAACCUUUUGGAUAAGGACACAUUCUCCAAGUCUGACCCAUUAUGUGUGUUGUAUACUCAGGGCAUAGAGAGCAAGCAGUGGAGGGAGUUUGGCAGGACUGAAGUCAUCGACAACACCUUGAACCCCGACUUUGUGCGCAAGUUCAUCCUCGAUUAUUUUUUUGAAGAGAAGCAAAAUUUACGUUUUGAUCUGUAUGAUGUGGACUCCAAGAGCCCUGACCUUUCAAAACAUGAUUUCCUGGGUCAAACAUUCUGUACACUGGGCGAGAUUGUUGGAUCUCCAGGAAGCCGAUUGGAAAAGCCUUUGAUGAUGGGAGCAUUUACAUUACAUUCCAGAACUGGGAAGCCCAUGCCAUCAGUCUCCAAUGGGGGUAUUCCAGGGAAGAAGUGUGGCACCAUCAUCCUGUCUGCUGAGGAACUGGGUAACUGCAGAGAUGUGGCCACAAUGCAGUUCUGUGCCAAUAAACUGGACAAGAAAGAUUUCUUUGGAAAAUCUGACCCUUUCAUGGUGUUCUAUAGAAGUAACGAGGAUGGGACGUUUACUAUAUGCCACAAAACAGAAGUGGUGAAGAACACUCUGAACCCUGUCUGGCAGUCCUUCUUCAUCCCUGUGCGGGCCCUCUGCAAUGGGGACUACGACAGAACUAUAAAAGUUGAAGUGUAUGACUGGGACCGGGAUGGCAGCCAUGAUUUCAUUGGGGAGUUUACAACCAGCUAUCGAGAACUGGCCCGAGGACAAAGCCAAUUCAAUGUCUAUGAGGUGGUAAAUCCCAAAAAGAAAAUGAAGAAAAAGAAGUAUAUUAACUCAGGAACAGUGACAUUGCUCUCAUUUGCCACAGAAUCCGAGCACACAUUUUUGGACUACAUCAAAGGAGGGACCCAGAUCAAUUUCACAGUGGCCAUUGACUUCACAGCUUCCAAUGGCAAUCCCUCUCAGUCUACUUCCCUUCACUACAUGAAUCCUUACCAGCUCAAUGCAUACGCUAUGGCACUGAAGGCUGUCGGAGAGAUCAUCCAGGACUAUGACAGUGACAAAAUGUUCCCAGCACUUGGGUUUGGAGCCAAAAUACCACCUGAUGGCCAUGUGUCUCAUGAGUUCCCCUUGAACGGCAACUCUGACAAUCCUCAAUGCAGUGGAAUAGAGGGAAUCCUUGAAGCCUAUCACGACAGCCUCAAGACUGUCCAGCUCUAUGGCCCAACUAAUUUUGCACCGGUGGUUAACCACGUAGCUAGGUACGCAGCUGCUGUGCAAGACGGUUCCCAAUAUUUUGUUUUGCUCAUCAUCACGGAUGGUGUGAUAUCAGACAUGGCCCAGACGAAAGAAGCUAUAGUCAAUGCUGCCAAGCUUCCAAUGUCCAUAAUCAUUGUGGGAGUUGGACAGGCUGAAUUUGAUGCCAUGGUAGAGCUGGAUGGAGAUGACAUUCGAAUCUCAUCUCGGGGGAAGGUUGCUGAACGUGACAUUGUCCAGUUUGUUCCAUUCCGGGAUUACAUUGACCGCACAGGAAACCAUGUCCUGAGUAUGGCUCGAUUGGCUAAAGAUGUCCUUGCUGAGAUCCCAGACCAAUUCAUCUCCUACAUGAAAGGGCGUGGCAUCAAACCCAACCCGGCUCCACCUCCGUACACCCCCACAGGCCACACUCUUCAGACCCAAAUUUGA